AUGGCACUAGCCAGCGGUCACUGGCUGGAGAAAGAGGGGAGGGGGGAGGCCCCAAGUCCCAGACAUGGUCACGCUUUAGCUGUGGCAGGAAACGUCGCCUUUCUGUUCGGAGGGGCCUCCAGCAUCAACCAAGAGGAGGACAUCACUGUUUACUUCAGGGACUUCUACAUGCUAACAGUUUCUCCUGAUGAUGUGACGUGGGAGGAGAUUCCUCAGAGCGGAGAAGUUCCCUCAGUCAGAGAAGGACACACUCUUUGCGUUGUGAAAGGGAAGCUGUAUCUGUUUGGAGGAGCAUCCAGCCCCGACGCCACUGAGUGUCUCCCUGGAGUCUACAGCUUUGAUAUAGUGUCUCUGACCUGGGAUUGCUUAGCAGUCGGAGGCGUGGCCCUCAGAACCCUCAGACACAGCUCUGUUGCCGUGGGAGACAACAUCUACGUGUACGGAGGCAUUCUGGGUGGGAAUCCAACCGACGAUCUCAUGGUCUUCAACACAGCGUCGCUCACCUGGACGCCGGUAAAAACUAGCGGAUCACUGCCUCCUGCCCUGUGGGGUCAGAGUUUUGCUCUGGUGGGAGAUCAGGUGUUCAUGUCCGGAGGUUAUGAAGCAGGUGGAGACUUCUGUAAAGACUUCCAUGUUCUCAACACAGAGAACCUGCAGUGGCAGAAGUGGGAGGUGAAGGGAGAAUCACCUGCAGCCUGCAUUGGACAAUCACUGACUGCUCACCAUGAUAAAAGGGCCCAGCAAUACGGCCUGGGACUCGAGCAUCGUGGCGUCGGCUCACAGUGGCCGGAGGAGGAGACGCUGCUGCUGCCGGUUGCAGAGUUCUCCACUUCCAGCCGGAUCUCCAACUGCAAGUUGAAGGUGGCGGUGAAGCUGGAUCUGGGUCUUUCCGCAAGGGUUUGGUCGCUGCUGGAGUCCCCCGCUAGAGUCUGA